AUGGCGAGGUAUCAGGGGGUCGGGGAUGAGGGGAUGAGAGGUCUCGCGGCGCCGGCUAGUUACCAGGGUGUCGGCAACUUAGAGUUGAGGGGGCGAAAUUGCUGCAGAGGGGCGAAGGCGAGCAGAGCAGGCGGUGGUGCUGGGUCAGGGACGAUGGCGCGCUGCGGCGGGGAAAAGAAGAGGAAGGGGAGGAGUGGGGUCGCCGGAGGGUCGGGCUCUGUUCUGUCUCUCGUCGCUGCGGCCGGAAAAGGAGAGGAAGCAGGUCGUUGUGGAGGGUCGGUGGUCGGGGAGGGGAGAGGAGAGUCGAUGGAUGGAGUAGGGUGGAGGCGGCCGAGGUCCAUGGAUGGCGGCGGAGAUGAGUGA